CGAUGAUGAAACAAUCUGUGUUGAUCGUUUUGAAUAAUCUGUAAAAUCUGGGCCCAGAAUUUCUGUUUCCAAUUUUUUUUAAGUCAAUGGUAGAAAAACAAAAAAUGUUGGUGGAAAAACGCGGUAAAACGAUGGAAAAUCGUACGGCACAUCGUUUUUUAACAGGGCUAACUUCACAGACCGAUCGAACUAUCGGUUUCGGCCAGUUUUGGACCAAAAUCAGAGGUGUUUUAAUUUUCAGAAAAUCUGAAUAUUGUAGUAGGACAGACAUUAAGUAGAAGUGAAAACUGCAUACCCAGAUUUAGAUUCAUUUGUCAUUUUUUCUGAAUGCACAUAUAAAAAACUAUAGGGAGGUCGAUUUAUAGUGGGACAUCCUGUUUAAAACAUGCUGCAGAAGUUAGGGUUAGCAAG